AUGGGGAACUUGCCCUCUUGCACACUUGGUGCGGAAGGCGCCAUUUUGGCCCAGUUGGCGCUGAGUAAGAUGUUCUCGCUGCUCUGCUCAGGGCAUGAAGAUCUGGGGCAGGUGCAGGACUUGGGGCCCCAGAGAGUGCCACACUCGACUGCCCGUGGGAGUGGGCUGGUGCCUGGGAGCAAGAGCGCAGCCGUCCGGUGCCUGUGUGAGCCGACAGGGCAGCUCCGCCAGGGAACCAGGGGCCCAUCCCGCUGGGGUCAUGGGCGGACAGGCACAGGAGCUGAGAGAGGGGACCGGGCCUAGGCCACAGGCCCUCCAAGGAAGCCACAGAGCCAGCUACUGGCACCCAGGGACUGCGGGAAGCUUCGGCAAGAAGAGGAACGCUGCUUCUACCCUACCAUUUGGGGAGUAGCACCACCUGAUGGAAGAGAACAUUCUUCGGUCUUCUCCUCACCAUGGCUUGAGAAUCGCAUAAUCUUGCUGUGCCCAACUUUCCUCAUCCCUAAACAGGGCCAGCUUGCCUUAUCCAUGAACUGUAUCACCGCAACACCAAACUGAGCUGUGUUCUAACAGCAUUUAGUCAACUGCAGACGGUUUUUGCAAAUAUUAGAUGCUACUACUUUUGCUGAUGUAAUAUUUUUUAACACAUGAAGUGACAUGAAAUGUGUUCAUGAUAUUCUCUGCCCACUGAUUCAUGACCUCCUCUCAUGCUUCAGGGGUCAAAACAAUCAGUGCUGUCCAGCAGCUGUUAGGGACGGGGGCUCCCCUCCUCCCCAGCUUGGAACCUCAAGCCACUGCCCACAGCUAGCAAGCACAUGUGCCACGCAGUGACCUCUUGGCCUUCCCAGCAAAAAUAUCCUAUUUUGGCAUAUGGGCUUGACCCACAGUAGGAAAACUUGGCACUACUGUACAUAUGAUCUCAUUUAAGGAGUAGGAAGAUAAACAUGCCAGCUGCACUUACUCACUGAUGGGAAAAGUUCUUUGAGUUACACAGUUUCAAACAGGAACAGCCAGGAGACUGGGGACUUAAAUCAUAACUAUUGUAUAAAUAAUGGGAGCUGUUCCCUGAGCUAAACACCGCCCUUUGGCAGAGGUAGAGCCUUUUGGCAGAGGGAGGCAGGAGAAGAGUGUGGGAAGUGAAGAAGUUCCUGAGGUGACAAAGUGAAUUGCACCGGAGAGAAGGGGGGAUAAAGCAGCUUCCCAGGAACUAGCACAGCAACACCUGGCUGGUCCCCGAGGACGGGACAAGAAAGGCCUCUCCUGCAGGAAUGAGAUUAAAAUACAAUCAGGAACCACGUGAAUACUCUAUCUCCUCUGAUAUGCUGUCUUGUCUGUUUGUUUAAGAGUGUCUUUGGGACUAGUAAAGCCUCUCUUCCCUGAAGGAUUCCUUCGCUUUUCAUAGUUUUCAGUGCUGCCGUGUUCACAGACACGCCUCUGCAGCUGCACCUGGCAGAAUAGCUUGAGUUUCCCUAGAAACGCUCUUUGAGAAAGGAAUAGAGGCAGAAUUGCCCUUGGUGAUCUCCUAAGAAAUGGGGUCCAUGUUCAUCUGAAGAUGGGAAUGAAAAAUUCAUCCUUUUGGUUCAACCAGAUUCAUACAUGGCCAAAUCCUCUGGAAUAUGGUGAAAGCUGACCCUUGAAAGCCGCUAACAUUACAAAAACAAGGAGCCAAAUGCAGACAGACUUCAGGCCCACAGAACGCCUCCAUGGGAAUUAUCAGCGAAGUAAUCAUCUCACUCUCCUAACUUCAGGAGAAAAUAUGAGUCAGCAGAGACUAAAUUGGUUUAAAAAUAGAAUAUUUGCAAAAUGGAAAAGUCGGAUGAAUUCACGCUAUAAAUCAAUAGACCUUUAAAGGUAAGGCACAGCAAGCAUUUUGGAUGACAUUAAUGAAAGACCUGUGUUGGCAUAGUGUGCUACAGGAAAGGUCGGGGGUCACCACAGCCAGUACCAGUCCUUAAAUAUAAUCCUGAAAUUAAAUAUGUACGUAAAAUACUUUCUAGAGCACAAAAGGUGAAGGUAAAGGAGAGUGCUACCAAUCUUUUGUGUGUGUGUAAUAAAGAUUUCGAUGUAAAAUGUACAACAGAAAAAAUACUGUAUUUCAAUAAUAAGAAAAAUAUAUAAAUUAUUCCCCCAGUGCUCCAAAUCCCUUCUGUGUCAUACAAAUCUUUCUCAUCUACUUUGCUGAAAGUUGCUCAAGAAUAUCUUACUCACCUUUGACUCUCCUACUUAGGUUUAUGGAUACAGAAAGUAUUCAAUAAAGAGUGAAUAAUUUA